CCGGUUCUGGUGUUUUUGCUUUGUCAAAAACGAAAAAACAUUCAUAAAAAUCUACGCUGAAGUUGUGCAAAUCUUAAUUAAACGGUAGGUAAUUGUGCAAUGUCUCUGUUUCCCGCCUAUGGCGGUGGAAAGCCGCCCAAAGUCACGGCUAGACAGGAAGAAACAGAGAAAUCUGGAACGAGCGCCGACUGGAAGGCAAAUAAGAGUUAUGAAAAGGAGAGUGCAAACAUUGGAAAGAAAAUCGCACAACAGUCCCACAUCAGUGAUGAGUCCUCCUCCUCCUCUUCUUCUUCUGGCGAAGAAGAGGCUCCACCGCCAGCAAAGAAGGCUGUGCCGCAAAAACUCCUGGAAUUUGAUGCCGCAACCGAUGGCUUCUACGUGGACAAGCAAAGCAACGAAAGCCUGCGAACGUUGGACACUCUGGCCGAACCCAACCGCCCGCGCUACAAGUGCCGGUUGCGUCGCCCCCAGGAAGUCAAACACGCGCCGCGCUGGCGUCCCCCCAAGCUCACACGCUUCACGAUUCGUGCGGCGGCGAAGGGCACACUCUCGCCGGAGGAGUUGUCCAAGCUGCAGGCCCAACUGAGGAAGAUCAAGAUGCUUGCCCAGCAGGAGCCGCAGCGUCUGGAGCACUGGCUCGAGUUGCAUCGCCUGCUGGGGCUCAAUUUGGACAGGGCCAAUCGUCUGGCAGUGUCCGAGCAUCAGUUGCACAGCCUGGAAAUGGCAUUGGGUCACCAUCCCUGCAACGAGGAGCUGCUGCGUCUGUACACGGAAACGAUGAACGCAACUUAUCCGCCCAGUGAGGUGGCCGUUCGCCUGGAAACCAUGCUGCAGCGGAGCCCCUUUGUGUACACGUUGUGGAGCAGCCUAAUCAUGGCCACCCAAGGCACCAUGGCGCGCUGCAAUGUGCCGGAUGUGCUGCGCAUUUACGAGAACAGCAUGCGGCGCAUGCAUCUUGGACAUACAGACACCUCGAGCCGGCUGCUAGACACCGUCGACACGGACAAGAUAAUGCUAAAUCUGUUCCACAACUGCGUACUCUUCCUGCGGCAAUCGGCGAAUUACAAUCAUGUCUUCGCGUUGCUCCGCCUGGCCUUGGAGCUGAACUUUCCCGGUCUGGCGGUGGACUGUUUGGAGGCGCGGGCCGACGAUGAGCGUCCGCUGAUCGAGUUCGAGGAGCUGGUGCUGCAGUCGGGCAUGCCGAUGCCGGAGAUUUGGACGCGUGUGGAGCGACUGCGUCAGGCGUAUAACUUUUUGCCAUAUCCGCAACUGAGUCGUUCGUUGGAGGAUGACGUGGAAGGAGGAUUGGAUCCGCAGCGUUGCAUCUCCACCGACGAUGUCUGCCACUACAUAUACCCGCUGAAGACACCCGCGAAUCGGCUGCAGUUGCUCCUCUUGGUGGUGCAGCUAACCAAGAUGCCCCUCGUGCGCACCGACUGCCUGGCAGAGAAGCUGAACUCGCGCAUCGACCAACUCGGGGACUCUGAGGCCAUUGAGAUGCUUCUCGCCAGCUUGGCGGAUCGGAUCUCGUAUGCCUUGCACCGCACUGACGCCGACGACUUCACCACCGCCAUGCUGGACCUGGCCCGGGAGAUGUGCGUCACGCCCAGCUUCAUGCCGCACUGCAUUGGCAGUGAUCUGUAUGCGGCCACCAUAAGUAACCUCCUCCUGAAAUGCAGCGAGGCCUUCCACACCGAGGAGAGGAAGCGUCGGCUCUUUGUGCUCCUUUGGCUGCGCUUCCAACGACUUCUGCUGGUGCUCCACAAGCUGACGGGCAAGUUAACCGAUGAGUACGUCAAAGAAAGCCGUACUCGCAUACGUAACCUGCUGCGCCAGGAGAAGAAUCGUGAGGUCACCCGAUUCUACACUGAGCUGGCCAUGUGCGAAUUCGAGAUCGUGGAGCGCGACGAUGACCCGAGUCGGGCGUUUAGCGUAUUUCAAUCCAUUAUUGCCAAGCAGGAGGAGAAAAAUGAUGAUGAUUCCCCCUCCUCUCCGGAUGUCGUGCAUGCCUAUUUGAUUUUUGCCGAAAUGUUGAUCUCGCGGAAUCGCCACGACCAGGCGCUGCCGCUGCUCCACAGCAUCUGCGUGGAUCUUGUUAGAAAGAGGACAAUUUACACGGAUGAGAGUACCAUGAAGCAGAAGCUACUAAUGAAGAUAUGUGCCUUGGACAACAAGCCAGCGGAGAUGCGCCUGGAGGAUUACUUUAUGCCGAACAAGCUGGUCACCGUCCUGCGAGCUCGCUGUCUGCUCUUGAGCCUGACGGAUCGCCCCGAUGAAAUUGAAAUCCUGCUCGCUGGGCUACUGAGAGACCAGCUGAAACCCUCUAUGGCGAAGAUCAACGAACACACACGGUUCGUACGUGAGCAAGUCCUGGAACUGCAGCUUGUGCUAAGGCAGCUGCCUGUGCCACAGAAAUCUCGGACGGAGCAAGUUCCCCGUUUGUCUGAAGCGCCGACAAUCAAGAAAAUGAAUCUUGUGGAGCUAGUGGAGCUGGGACUCCAUGAAUACCCGCGCAACCUGGUCUUCCUUCAGCUGUGGACCACCUUCAGUACGAUACCGUGGCACAAGCUGCGCGCUCGCUUCAUACGCACCCAGGCCGGCAUCCUGUCGCUGCUCCAUUUGGUCAUUGCCGCUCGCUGUCGCUUUGCCCAGACCCUACAGCAGUCCUCCAGCUUCGACCAGCAGGAGAGCGAUCCGCACACGCGCAGCCAGGUGGAGUCUGUCGUGCGGAAUCGCGUGCUCAACAUGUUCGAGACUUUCCUGCCGCGCAACACCAACCGCUCCGAGCUGGAGGCGGACCAUUAUCAGAUCCUGCGACGCAACUCGCUCUACUGGCGCACCUACCUGCGUUGCCUCUCCGACACCAAGACCAGCUUCGAGCGGAGCAAGGACUGUCUGAUAUCCGCUCUGGACGAGUGUCCCUGGGACAAGGCAUUGUAUAUGGAUGGGGCCAUCUAUGUGCCGCCGGAACUGUCCCAUCUGCAGGACGUGAUGACCGAGAAGCAGCUGCGCAUCUAUGCUUUGCCCGAGGAACUGAAUAUAUUGCGGGGAUAGAAGGAGAAGG